GGUGCGAGAACGUGCUUGAUUUCUUAAGGAUGCGUUUGCAUCUGAUACUGAGUAGCUCCUGCGAUUGAGGCCACCCGGCGCCUUCAUCGAUUCACAUUGUUGUAGGAUUUAAUUUAGGCACCGCAUAUAACUCACUCGAAUGCCGCUGUCUCUUGGUAUGACGCUGAAGCCAAGCUUCUGCAAGCCACAACGGCAGAGCUUCAACAUUGAAUGUGUGGAGCAUGAGGUAUCGCAGAUGUCGCUAGUAUCACAUACUGGACUUCGCUGGUUCUCCGUGUACUGCCCAGAAGCAACACUUUUUUGCGGGUUUGAUGAGCUGCUUGAUGGCGAAAUGGGUCCCGAUAGCACGUAGGGAAGGGUAGUCUUUGAUCACACGUGCUUCGUCUAACUCGGCUUACGGCCUGCGUUCCGCUCAUAUCCUUGCGAAACGAACCCGAUAUCCGGCAAGAGUGGAGGCGCGACGAUGCUCUCACCCAACCAUCUUUCGCUUGAUGACGAGGCUUUGCAGCCGAGCUUCGCGAUUGCUAGGCAAAUAGCGAGAUAACAGCAAUUCGCCGUGGUAAGGCUGAUAUUGAGUGAGAUCUCAUCAGUCAUGGACAA